UCACGGAUUCCCGCCCCAAUAUCACUCUCCUUUUUAGUCUCUCCUCCGUCUUCUUGCCCAAACCAAAAACCCUCAAAUGCCUUCACCUUUCGAAACCAUCAUCUACAAUCGCCACUUGGGCUUCUUAAUCUGGCAAUCAAUCUCCUCCUCUCUCAUUUUUCUUCUCUUCAAACUCUUCUUUCUCCCUACUACUUCUUCUUUCCUCGCAACUCUUUUCGCUUUCACUCUCUUUCUCUUUUCCCACUUAACUUUCUCCUUUUCUCUCUCCCUCGCGGCCUCUCCUGCCCCCACUCGCCCUCUUUCCCUCCUCCAGCUCGUCCUUGCCCCCUUCUCUUCAUGGACUCUCGAUUUCCGCCGCCGCGCCCUGCUCUCUCUCCGCCUUGGGCUGUUUGUGGCGGUGGCCUCCGUGUCGGGGGGCGUGUCGGUGCCGUGUGUUUGUUGGGUGAAGGAUUAUGAUGGAGCUGAGUUGAUUUGGAAACUGGGGUUUAGGGGUUCCGUUUGUGGGUUGCUUUAUGGUUUGUUUUAUGUUUAUAAUCAUAAAUGGGUUUUGAAGUUUCCCAUUGUUCAGCGCCUCCCUUUCUUCAGUUUCAAGGUGGCACUCUGUGUUGCUAUUGGAAAGGCCUUACAGUUUUCAGCUGCAGCUUACUUGUUAUCAGCUGUGCCGGUAGUUUUUGUUGCAGACUCUAAGAAAGUAACCUUUGGAAAGUUUAUUGCUGAGCAGAUUAUGUUUUACGUUGGGAUUUUUUCUGUGUUCCUAUGUUGGGAAUUAAGUCACCAUUUACAUCGGGUGCUACAUACAAAAAGGUUGAUAUUUGCACCACCAAAAGGAACAGCAGCGGCAGAAACAAAUCCAAGUGAGCCUCUUCUUGCAGCUUUGGAGGAGAGCACCUCAAGUUCUCUUCUACAGUAUCUGGCAUAUCUUGAUCUCUGUAUGGUUUGUGAGAAAAAUGUUGAUACUUGGCGGCGAGCUGCUUUCUUUGAAGAAACUAGUGAGACUUACAGAAGAGUCGUAGCUGUAUGCUUGAGGCCUCUGGAACAGCUUGCAACAAAGUUGGGUGAAAGUAUGGAAGCUGGGUCUAUGGACAAAGCCUGCCAACUUUCCAGACAGAUGCAGUUGCCAACUGACUUGCAUGUAGAUUCAAAGUCUUCUGAACCAUUGGACAACUUUCAGCUAUGUGCUUGGUGUGCCCGGGCAGUCUCUGCGUUGACUGCACACUCACGCAAGGAAGACAGGUUUGGGGUUGCUCAACUUUCUGGUAGUAACGCUGCUGUUAUCACCACCCUUCUGUCCUGCCUGCUUGCUGUUGAAGCUUUUAUGGGGAAGAAGACUAAUUUGCAACCGCCUCAUCAUUUGAUGGGACCAGCUGGUAUUAAAUGGGCUGCAUUGGACACCGGCAGAAGAGACGUUGGAAUAGGAAAGAAGAAAAGUGGCCAACUACAUCCAAAAGCAUACGCCAUGGCUGAUGUUCUGAAGACCUCAAUCUAUUGUAUUGUCUCUGCUUUCCAUGACGAGAUGAUUAGUAGUGCCAAAGCUGGUCUUCUUGAGAAGGAUUGGCUUGCUGUUGGAAAACCUCUUUUUGGUACUCGUGAGCUGCUCUUGCAGAAACUGCAACAUUUCCUGGAUUUUCGAGCAAGUUAACAGCUUCCUUGCUCAAGCUUGAGCUGUCUUUUUUCUUCCCCAAUUGGAUUGAUGAACAGCAUGUGAAGAGUUUGGCUUUGCGAGAUCAGGUAAUUGCAUUUUUGUUGUAAGGAAAACUCAAUGCCAUCUUAAAAUAGUUAAGUCUACAACUGAUAUAGUACAAAAUGUAUUCUGUAUUUUAGAGUUUAGUUCCAGAAAGGUCUUUCAGUUGAAGUGGGGUGAGGUCACUAUUUGGCUUGGAGGGCUAUUUGUUUAAUGACUAACAGUUGCAUACAAAUUGGGAAGGAGUUUAAUUCAUUCCAAAUUUUUUUUUUUUUUUUUUUUUGUGAAUUACUCAUUAUUCUAGGUAUCGCUUUGGUAUUGUUGUGACUUAUAAAUCUCUAUGUUAGUUAGACUCAACUUGAUCUACUCCAACGAUAGGUGAAUAUGCAUG